CGCAUUCGUAAUCUAGACUGUCGCGACUAAACAAUAAAAUUCAACUACAAAUAAAACGAAAUGCAUCGAAGAUCAUCAAGUUUCUCUUCCAUUACGGAGCUAUUCCGGCCGAACAAUCCUAGGAGACUGCGGUCAAGAGAUUUAAGCAGCACUCGCCUUAAUGCCCUCAAAAAAGAAAUAGAGACUAACACACACCUUAUUCCACUGAAAGAUCUAUACACUCGAUUAGGAACGGAUCCAAUAAAAGGACUGACGAGCGCAGCUGCCGCGGAACUCUUGGAGUACUACGGCCCUAACACUUUAACUCCUACUUCGCACUUUCAAUGGCCGAAGAUGUUACUAAAAUGCCUGUUUACUGGUUUUUCAAUAUUAAUAUGGUUCGGUGCAAUUCUUUGUUUGUUAUCGUACGUGAUUGAAUCGUCGAUGAAGGCACGUCCGAGCACUGAUAACUUGUAUUUGGGCUGCGUGCUUAUAGCAGUCGACAUCAUAUGUGGUUUAUUCAGCUUCUUCCAAAACUUUAAAAGUACAAAGAUAUUAAAAACAUUUAACAACAUGAUACCGAUGUCAACGAAAUGCAUUCGAGAGGGAGUGUGGAACGCGGAGACGCCGGUGUCCAAUCUGGUCAGAGGUGACAUCGUGCACGUGAAGGCUGGUGACGUCAUACCUGCAGAUAUUCGGAUUAUAGACAGCAAAGGAUUCAAAGUAGACAAUUCAUCGUUAACUGGGGAAAGCAGAGCUGUUACUCGUUCCAAUACAGAAGGAACAACAAACAUAUUAGAAUCACAAAAUGUCGCCUUUUUUUCAGCGCAGUGCGUCGAAGGAUGGGCUCUUGGUGUCGUUCUAUGCUGUGGUGACUUGACGGCGCUCGGCCGUGUCGCAGGACUGGCGGCACGCUUGGAGCCGGCGCCUUCGCCCCUAUGUAGGGAAAUUAAUCGCUUCAUGUGGUACAUGUCCAUCUGGGCACUAGGACUGGGUGUUUUCAUUGCCGCAUCAUCUUUUAUUCUUGGAUACCCUUUCAUACAAACUACGAUAUUCGUGAUAGGAAUUAUAGUUGCCAACAUUCCUGAAGGAUUGCAGCCAACAAUUACCGCGUCGUUAACGCUCACAGCUCAACGCAUGGUAAAGAAAAACUGCCUCGUCAAAAAUUUGGAGGCUAUUGAAGCUCUAGGUGCAGUUACGAUUAUUUGCUCGGACAAAACUGGUACUCUAACUAAAAAUAAAAUGUGCGUCAGAGACAUAUGGACUUGGAACCAAAAAUAUUCAGUAUUGGACCCCAAUUUUGAAGAUAGUUUAAAGAAUAACAAAGCCGUAGAAGCUUUAAAAACAUGCGGUGCGUUAUGUAGCACAGCAACUUUUGAUGAAAGUGGGGAAAUCCACGGAGAUGCAUCCGAAACGGCUAUCUUAACAUUUCUCUGCACGUACAAUGACCCGGCGACAGUUCGGCAGAACUAUCCAAAAAUUGUUGAAAUACCUUUCAACUCUACUAAUAAAUAUCAAGUGAGCGUACACAACGAUAGGAAAAUGUCUCGAUACGUGGUUGUAAUGAAAGGCGCUCCCGAGUGUAUAUUGUCCCGAUGCAGCUCUGUAGUUGUAGCUAAUAAUAAUGUUGAUAUAACCAAUGAAGUCAAGAAAGCAGUAAAUAAAGCUAUCGAAGAUCUUGCUACAACAGGUGAAAGAGUUUUGGCAUUUGCCGAUUUGAUACUGGAUUCAAAAGAGUUUCCCGCAAAUUAUGAAUUCGAUACGGAAAAUGUCAAUUUUCCAUUGGAUGGUCUUCGGUUAAUUGGUAUAAUAGGAUUGAAAGAUCCACCACGAGAGGAGGUGAAGCACGCAAUAGAACGCGUGCGUGCAGCAGGAGUUCGAGUCAUGAUGGUGACAGGCGACCACCCGGCAACCGCACGGGCAGUGGCGCAGGAGGUGGGCAUUGCGACCUCUCCCACCUGCCAUGUUGUCACAGGGAACGAUCUAAGAAAUAUGACUCCUGACUUACUGUAUCUGACUCUGGAAAAACAUUACGAGAUUGUAUUUGCUCGGACGUCGCCUACUCAGAAGCUACAGAUAGUGGAGGCGUGCCAGCGACGCGGCGGCGUGGUGGCCGUCACUGGGGACGGUGUCAACGACGCUCCCGCCCUGCGCCGCGCCGACAUAGGCAUAUCCAUGGGCAUUACGGGAUCACAGGUAUCGAAGCAGACAGCGGAUAUCAUUCUAAUGGACGACAAUUUCGCUACGAUUGUAAUUGGAAUUGAAGAGGGUCGGAAAAUAUUUGACAACCUGAAGAAGUCCGUGUGCUACAUUCUAAUAUCCAACGUGCCUGAAAUCCUGCCAGUUUUAAUGUUUAUCUUGUUUUCUAUACCGUUGCCCUUAGGUGUUAUGACAAUCCUGUGCGUGGACCUGGGCACAGACAUGUGGCCGGCGGUGUCGCUAUCGUACGAGAGCGCGGAGGCGGACGUGAUGGGCCGGCCGCCGCGGCAAGGCGACGGUCUGGUCUCUGGGCGCAUGCUCUACCUCGUCUACGGCCAUCUUGGCCUCAUUGAAUUCGCGGCGGGCAUGUACGCCUACUUCACCGUCAUGGCCGAACAUGGCUUCUACCCAGCAGAUCUCUUUGGUAUAAGACAGCGCUGGGAUAACGAAGCGGUGACCGAUGUGCGGGAUUCCUUUGGCCAGGAGUGGACGUACGAGGAACGGAAGGAGCUGGAACGCGCCUGCCAGGCAACGUACUUCGUGGCCGUCGUCGUCACGCAGAUCAUGAACGGCAUUAUAUGCAAAACAAGAUUUAAUUCUAUUUUCGAAGUCGGAAUGAAGAACAAAGUUUUAAAUCUGGGUUUGAUAUUUGAGUUGUUGCUCGCUUGCAUUCUUUGUUACGUCCCGGUGCUUAAUGAUUUCUUUUGUACAUAUCCUCUGCGACCUCAAUGGUGGUUUUUAGCGGUCCCAUUCGCACUACUAUUACUGGUUUUCGAUGAGUUACGAAAAUUCUGCAUCAGAAAUUGCCUUUUCGAUGGAUGGUAUAACCAUCUUACUUUUUACUAGAGAACAAGUGUGAAACGAAAAAGUAAACAAAGUCAAUUAUUGUCUUCAAGAAUAAAUGUUUUAUCGAAUAAAACAAAUAUAUUAUAACAUAAUAAAUUUAAUGAGCAAUCAACUGAAGAUCACAACACAACAUUUUUAUUAUAGAUUCAUGUCAUUCAAUGGUUACUAUAUACUAACAACUGAUAUGUACCUAAUGGAAUAAGGCACGACAAAAUAUUCACUUUAAAACACAAUAAAAACCUAAACAAUAUUAAAACAAUUGAGUGUAUCUCACUUUGAUAUUUACAAUUCAACUUAUUCUAAUUUUAAACUAUGAUAUACUAAUUUGUUGAUUGUAAUCAACAUAUUUAAAAAUAUAAAAGAGAAAAAAAAUGUAGAAUCAUUUGAGUUUUGACAAAAGAAACGAAACACAAGUUCAUUUACUCGAUGUAUUCUUCAAACAUUUAAGAUAUAGAUUAAACCAUCAAAUAAAACCACACUAUAAAAUAAUUUAAGGCGAAAUUUAAAAAGAAAAUAGAUAAAUUGAAAUUUAAUAUAACUACCACAAUCAUAUCAUACAUAACUCUAUUUUAUUUAAAUUUUAUAAGAUAUAAUGAAAUUCAAAUUUUAAUACUAUUAAAAGAUUUGUAUAAAAUAUGUACGUGUAUAAUGUUUUUUUGGAAGGAUUUAGAAGAAUAAAAGGUUGUAAAAAUAGAAGGAACCCUGUCUACCUACUACUAUAGAAAAAUUACUAGAAUAUUUAUUUAUAUAUUUCAGAUAUGUUUUAUUUACAUAUUUAAGAUAAAAUAUGUAACUAAUAGAAUAAAGUGCUAUAAAAAUUCUAAAUAUGAAAUUGAGAAGAUAGAAAUAUAAUAAAAUAUGAAGAAGGAAUAUUUUUAUAAUAAUAAUACUUAUAGGCUAAGUUUUAAAAAAUAAAAUUGCACAUUCCACUUAGUUUCAUGAAAUAAUCAACUAACGUGUUCAUAUUUUGAUAUUUUUCUUUGAGACAGAAGAUUGUUAAAUUUACAGAAUAUUUUGACUCACGGAAUUCUUCACUUUGUAAAUUAGAGGCACAUUAUCACUUAAUUACAACUAAAUAUAGCUAAAACAAACUUAAGUGUAACAUCGUGCAAGAUCUCUCACAGAACUUUGUAUUUCAACUUGGACAUCACUUAAGACUUCAACCAUUACUCCAAUAUUAUCUUUGCAAUAAAAAUAUUUAAAAACUCCAUAUACAUGUUAAGUAAACACUUUUUAAUACUUUAAUAGAAUAUAAAU